CAUGAGGCCUAUCGCAUGUGUAUAGCAGCAUAUUCAAACCUAUCGUGUUUGUGGAUCACGUGUUGCUUUUAGUACUGGGCAUGUAUUGUUUUGUUUAAAAUUAGGAAAGAAUUUAAUAUAUUAGUUAUUACUAACGAUAAAUUAAAUAAAGAAUAACUUGAAGCUUAACAAAUGUCAUACUGCAAAGAUUUUGGAAAAGACAAAGUAAUAUUUGUUUCAAAGGAAGAUCAUGAAACACCAAGUAAGGUGUCUUUACCACACAGCACAGAUGAUGAAGUACAGGGACUCAUUUUACCUAAUGGGGAAAUAAACUGGAGCUGUCCUUGUUUAGGUGGGAUGGCAACAGGGCCAUGUGGACCCGAAUUUCGAGAAGCUUUUUCCUGUUUUCAUUAUAGCACAGCUGAACCUAAAGGAAGUGACUGUAUUGAAAAGUUUCAAGACAUGCAAGAGUGCAUGACAAAGUAUCCAAGAUUAUACCCUGUAGAUGAUGAUAAAGAACUAUUAGAUGAUAAUACUAAAAAUGAUAGCAUGUCAAGUAGCAAUACAGAAGAAAACCAAUCAAAUACUGAUAAAGAAAGGACAACUUUAAAACAGUAAAUUAUAUAUGAAUAUUAAUGUAUUUUGAAGAGUAGGUUAGACCAUUGUUGAAAUAAGAAUCAACAUAAUCAUUUAUUUGUGGUACUAGUGUUUUGUAUAAAUAUGUCUUGCAUUGACAUAAAGGAAUCACCAUUAGUGUAUGUAAUUUUUUUUUCUUGUAGAAAUAGUAAUGUAAAUAAAAUAUUGAUCAAUUUUA